AUGUCAUCGGUUGAUGAAUAUAUUGAAAACGAAUGUGUGCGUGAUGAUAAUUGCAUUUUUAUGGUACUAACGGAUUACUUCAAUAAUCGCACACUUAAUGAUAAGAUUAAUAUUGACAAUUCGUCCUCCUUGUGGACAUUUGUUACUUAUGAUGAACAUGACUACACAGUUUUGCGGUACGCAUACAAAUUAAAUGUCGUCAAGGCCGACGAAAAUAAAGCAAUGAAAAUUACAAAAGAAGACAACAAUAAAUUUAUUCACUUUAAUCCGAUUCGAUAUGUAGAUAGCAAUAUUAUAUUUUCGAUAGCUCCGGUUUUGCGCAAUCAAAAGUAUACCAUUGAUUCUAAAUUUUUAUAUCCACUAUACAAAUUAUAUGUAUUGGAAUCACUGCCAUCGGACAAUGGAAUGGUAAUUAAUUUAAUGCCAUUGAAACCAAUCAUCAAUACGAAUGAUGCAGGUGAUGGUGAUCAAAUUGUUUAUGAUAUUAAUCAAGACUAUACAAAAUUUGAUCAUUUUAAAAUUUUAUUGAGUAAUUUAAUUUGGUUUGAUAUUUAUGUUGAUUUAAGUUUGUAUCAGGAAUGUAAGAAAUAUAUUAGGAAUUAUAGUGUUUAUCGUCCGAUUGAUGUCAUUAUCAAAUGA